AUGAUAGAAAAUUCGACAUUUAAUACUGACGUUUAUGAACGGGCUGUUAUUUCUUUUAAAACAUAAAGAAGAGUCCUUGUCAAAUAUGGAAAAGUCAGCAAGUUUAAGAUAACUAGAUAUUACGUGUUACAGAAUGAGUUUUUGUUGUAUUAUAAAAAUUCUAAGUGCGAAAAAUCUAUCAGCUCUUUUAGCUUAGCAAGUUGCUCAUAUUCAAGAGAUACUUCAAAAAUAAAAAAGAUAAAUUAAUCUAUUAAAGUAGUUACUUCUGAUAACAAGAAAACAUUUUGGCUACAUCCUAUUUCAAAUGAUGAGCUACCUUUACUUGAAAGAUACAUAAAAUUUGUUAGCGAAGGUAAAUUCAAUAACGAUUAAGUUAUUUAGCAGUUGCUAAUUGAUCCUCUCUCCAAGUAGGAGAAACUAACAUCAGCAUAUUCUUCACAUCUAUAAAUAGCUUUCACUACUGCAAAUCAAGUUUCUAUAUAGAAUACUCAUAUUAACAGAAGUUCUUAACAAUAUAAUUAAGAAACUAUUUAAAUUGGAAAAUUACAAACUUAGGUAAAUAGAUUUCUGAAUGGCAACUAAGCUUACGAAGAGGAAUGCAGUUCAGAAAAUAUAAAAAAUAAUAUCAAUAUGAGCUAUUACAGCCAAAUGAGAUAACUAGAACCAUAAACUAUAGGAUUUUAAAUAUAAACUGCUGAAGAUAAAUUCUAACAGUAGAAAUAGUGUGAAUUAAAAUAGAUAGAGAUAGAAUAAAUUUAAAAGCAAUAAGAAAUAUCUCAAACUGAAAAUUAACUUUCAAAGCAAAGCACUCUCUAAGAAAAAUAAAAAACUGUAAAUGCUGGUGAAGAAUAAAUAGAAUUCUCAAAAAUAAAUUAAAUGGCAAACUAAAAUUCACAAAGGGAAUAAUGUUAUACAAAUUUGAUUCAGCAAAAGUAGUUUGUAAAAUUUUAGGUUACUUAGAGAAGCUUGAACGAUAAAGCAGACUAAUAAAAUUAAAGAAUAUGUGAAGAAGAAUAGCUUUAGGUUUACCAGCAAUUGAGAAGAAGCAUAAUAUCUCCAAAUUUUAAUUAAUUAUAAGGGAAUUAAGGUAAUUUACAAAACUAAAAUAAUCUCAAUUAGUAAAAUAAUGAAUACUUAGUUACACUUGGGUAGAUGAGUUAAAAUAAUAUGUUUACAAAUUAAGCAAAUAUGAGUGUGGAUAAUAAACAGAACAUUAGCUAUGAAAAAUUUAAUGGUAAUACAAUAAGCUAGAUUUUUAAAAACAUGGAUAACAAUUUUUCUCCUAAUCCUAUUGUCGAAAGUGGAAAUUUCAUCUCUAGUCCUGGAAACUUUAAAAUAAAUUCUUUAUAAGAUAAUAGUCAAAACGUAUAAGCCAUUAUUGAUAAGGAUAUAAGUGCAAUAAUAAAACCAAAUGAUCAUUCAAAUUAUCUUGAUAUUGAUGCUGAUUUGAAAUUCUCAAGUGACGAAGAGUAUUCUCAGAAUAAGAAUGAAAAACUUGAAUCAGUUAGACUGAAAUAUGAAAGCCUUUCCCCUAAUGCAAACAAAGGAUACUUAAUAGGGCAUAAUUUAUAAAAUAGUAGCAUAUUUAACUAAACUAAUAUUAAUAAAAACUACAAAAUCAAUUAAUAAUUAUUAAAUUAAGUUAGCACAAAACUUUUUUAAGAAAACAAUGAAGCAGAAAACAUCAUCAUAACCACCACCAAUAACAACAAUAUAAAUAUCAACAAAAACAACAAUAAUAAUAUUAAUUACAACAACUAGAAUAAUAAUGGAUUUUUCUUUGGUACUUCAAAUAUGAGUAAUGUUCCUUCAAGCAAGUAACUUUCAGGUAAUCCAACAUGCUCAACUUAAGCAACUUAAAAUGUUAUUUCACCCUAGAUGAAAUAAUUAAGAUACUCUAAUUCUUUGAAUAAUAUGCAAAAUUUGUAGAAUCAUUAAGUAGAUCAUAAUAGAAACAUUUAAUUAGGUCCUUGUAAUUUAAGUUCAAGUACUCUUUAGAAUAUAUUUUUCCCAGAAAGUUAGAAGUAUUACACGGAGUCUCCUCAAGGAUCUUUUUUUUCUCAUAAAGUUGAUACAAAUACCAACUUUUAAGAUGCGGCUAAUAACAGUACAAAUCAAAGAUUCUUAUAAUAAAAAUAAAAAUUAGUAAAAGACCAUGCAAAUUUAAGUGAUGUGCAUGAUCUCAGUGAAUAAGAAAAUAUUUCUUCAGAUGAUGAAGAAAUAGUACCAUCAACUUAGUUUUUUAUUAAAUAACAAGUAUUCUAUGCAGGUGCUUCAAAGAUGUUUAUGGAAGAUGGGUUUUCGUCUAGCGCCUUACCUCAGCAAUCUCAAAGAAAUAGUCGUAUCGGAGUGAUUUCAAAUUAUUCGUUUGAUAACAAAACAAUGAGUGAUACUGAUCUUUUUGAUUAAGUUGAAGGUAAUUUUCAAAAAAGUGCUAUAGAUAUCAUUUAAAAUGAAGAAGAAAAUUAAAGAAAAGCUAAAUAAAGUAAAAGAGCAAGUGAAAAUCUACACAGUAAAUCAGCCAGUUUAAUAAAUUAGCAUUUAGCAUAAUAAAAAAACUAGCAAAAAAUACAUGAAGACUAGAACCAAUAAUAAAAGAAUCCUUUAUAUAUGAAAAACCUUCAGGCAAAAACUAAUUUGAGAUAUGUUGAAUCAAGUACAGCAGGAGUUUAAAUUGAGAGAUAAGAUAAUUAAUUAUAAGAUUUAAUUUAUAGAGAUUAGUAAGUAGAUGAAGAUGCAGGCAAUUAUUUGGAUGAAGAUGAUGAUACUAAUCCAGCUAUUGCUAAUAAUGUCACUUAUAUCAUUGAAAAAUAUAAAGAAUAGAAUUACAAUGAAAAAAAUACUGGACUUUUUAAUGCUAAUGGGAAUAAUUAUGUAAAGAAAACUGACUUAAGUACAAUGAUAUCUUAAGAAAAUUAGGUUAAAAAAGAAAAUAGUGAUAAAAAAAACUAAAAAAGAAUGAAUAAUCACAUGCAUACAAAAUCUACUACUGGAUUCAGAUAGAAUGCAUCGAAUUCAAAGAGAAGUUUAUCGAAUGUCACUAUUGAUACUGAUAAGUGCAACAUUGAGUACACUUAAAAUACUCACAAAGAACCUCAAAUAAAGGACAAAAAGGAGUUUUAUAAUAAGAAAAAUAUUAUUGGAUAUAUUGUUCCUAAGAUGGAAGAUGUGAUACCUUACUUAAAUUAUUAAUAAGAUUAACACUCAAAAAAUGUUAACAAAUAAAUCUCUGUUGAAAAAUGUUACUCUGAUGGAUAUUACUAUUUGUGGAGCUUUUAAUUUGCUAACUCACAUGAAAUUUUUAAAAUCCAUAGAGAAGAAAAUAUUAAUUUCGAAUAUGCUUUGCUAGAGCACAAUCUUCUUAAAAUUAUUGUUACAGGAAAAAAAGAUUUAAUUGCUACAACUGAGUAAAAAUUUGCAGAAUUUUAUGAGUAUCUUAUAGCUUGUUAGAAAGAUGUUUAAAAAAAGGGAGAUAAAUCUACCAUUAAAUGUCUUUCGGGUAUUUCUUAAAUGAUGAUUGACCUUAUUAAAUCAGAAACAUACCUUGUUAGAGGUUUGCUCCAAGCAUUUUUAAAUAACAAAUUCUAAUCUUUUAUUUAAUUUAAAAAUGCUUACUAAACAUUUUAGAAAGUAAAGCAAAAAAUAGAAUCUUCUGUUCCUAAAAAUUCAUCCAUUCAUGAAUAUCUAAAGAAAGAAUGUGAUAUUUAUACAAAGAGUAGAUUUUACUUCAUAUCUGGGCUCUUCAACAUCGGACUCUCCAUGAUUCCAAGUUAUUUCUUAAAGAUUCUUAGCUUAAUUGGAAUACAACCUAAUAAAUAAUAUGGAUACGAAUGCUUAGAAAAGUGCAUAGAAUUACAGUCAAUCCGUUCUUCUUAUGCCUCACUUCUUUUGUGCAUAGAAUACAUAGAACUGAACCCAAAUGUUGAAAAAUCUAUUAUACUAAUUAAAAAAAUGAUAAAAACCUUACCUUAAUGUCCAUUAUUCUAUUGGAUGGCUUCUUUGCUUUCAUGGAGAUAUACCAAACCUGACGACGCUCUAAGUUUAAUAAAUAAGAGUUUAUGGAAUUGUGGUGAAGAACUAGGUUAAAUUUCCUUUUACCUAAAAUUUGAAAAAGGCUGGUAUAAUGUUUCGUAAUUUGAUUGGAAAUAAGCUCUUGAUCUCUUUUAAGAAAUAGUGGUUAUGGCUAUAGACGUAGAUAAUUUUGAUAUGGAUCUAUUCAGUAGUCUCGCCCAUCAAAAGAAGUUACCUGAAGCCCCAAAAUUAAUGAUGCAAUUUAUUGAAGAAGCUAAAAAUAAAUUUAAGCAAAAGCACAAGAUUAUUCUCCCACAUAAAUGCUGCUUAGUGGCUUUAGUUGCAUGCUGCUAUGAAAACUAAGGACUUAUUGAUAAUAUGGAUUUAUGGUUUCUUAUGACCUAAUAUCUUAUCAAGAAAAAUUAAGACCAUAAAACAGGAGUUGAUGAAGAUAUAUCCAAACUUUGUGCAAAAUAUAUCAACAGAUAAAAUAAAUAACUUAUAAAAUAUGAAAUAUUGUAUUUUGUUAAAGAAAUUACAAAAUUAAGAGAAGAUAUGCUUAAUAAAAUGGUGGAGGAAAUAUAAUUUUAUUAUGAAUCUGAGUAUAGUAGCAUUUAAGAUAUAUUUUAUAAGAAUAUUUUAAAAAACAACUCUCAAAAAGCAAUAGAUUUUGGUAGUACAAUAUUCCUCAGAAUUGUAUCUGGUUGUCUAUAGUAAGAUUUUAAUAUGGUUUAUCAGUCAGGAAAAAUCCUCGAUAAAAUAGCUGAGUUUAUUCCUGUAGACCAUCAUUAUAUUUUGCAUCAUUCUUACCAUUGGCUAGCUCGUUGCUAACUUUAAUAAAGUCUUUUCUCCAAUUCUAAAGAAAAUCUAAAAAAAUGCUUAAAAUAUAAAAAAUGUGAAUUUACUCUAGAAAAUAAAAGCUAAAAGCUUCUUUAAGAAAUCGAUUUUGCAAAAUGA